UCUAUUCGCAAUAUAUUUCAUAAACAAUCGUCCAACGACCUGAUAAAUUCAUAUCUCUCUUUUGAUUCAUCCCUCUCCUAAUUUCUUCAACUAGCAUUCAUCUCAACUUUUCGACUCUCUUGAGUAGAGAUCGAUGGCUGAAUUUCUCACUUUUGGUGCUCAAGAAUUGCUGAAGAAAGUGGCUUCACUGGCCGCUCAAGAGUUCGAUCUUGUAUGGGGAUUCAAUGGAGAAAUAACAAAGCUGCGUGAGUCAGUGCUCAUGCUUGAGGCUGUGCUACGAGAUGCUGAACAUCCGCAACAAGAUCAGGGAGAGGCUGUGAAGCUUUGGAUGAAGAAGCUUGAAGACAUAGCUCAACAUGCCGACGAUGUGUUGGAUGAUAAUGGAUAUGAGCUUCUCCGGCGUAAGGUGCAAUUGCGAAACCAGAUGAAGAAAAAGGUGCAAGAUUUUUUUUCCCUCUCCAAUCCCAUUAUAUUUCGUGUUAAAAUGACACAGAAAAUUAAGAAGAUCAACACAUCUUUGGAUGAGUUGAAUAAGAAGGCGGGUGUUAUUGGCUUAGUUGCUAGACGAUCCGUGGAUGCAACAACUUCCCAUGGUAUAAGCAUUGAGAGGGAAACCUACUCUAUUUUAAAACAAGAUGAAAACAAUAUCAUUGGAAGGGACGAUGUUGCGGCAGAUAUAGUUCAAGCCCUGACCCAAUCACACCAUAAUCUGGAAAGUGAUCUCCCGGUUUUGGCCAUUGUGGGUAUGGGAGGGCUUGGAAAGACAACUUUGGCUAAAUUAAUAUAUCAUGAAUCUGAGAUAAGUAAGCACUUUGAGAAAAAGAUGUGGAUAUGUGUAUCUACCCAUUUUGAAGUCAAUUCAAUUCUGAGAGGGAUCCUGGAAUAUCUUAAACCAGAAGCUGCAGUGAAAGGUAUAGAUGCGAUAUGUAACAUUCUUCAAGAAGAGUUGAAAGGAAAGAGAUACCUUCUUAUACUUGAUGAUGUAUGGAAUGAGGAUGGUGAAAAAUGGAACGAUUUGAAGAAUUGUUUGCUAAGAAUUACCGAUGCCCAAGGAAGCCGCAUUGUUGUCACUACUCGCAGUGACAAAGUUGCAAAAACUGUGGAGACCCUUCCUAGGUGUGAUUUGAGAAAACUAUCAGAUGAUGAGUGUUGGCUUAUAUUGAAGAAUAAAGCAGUUCCAGUCGGAAGUGUUCCUAUACUUGAAGAUCAAGAGAGAAUUGGAAGGGAGAUUGCCAAAAAGUGUGGAGGCCUACCAUUAGUGGCAAAGGUAUUAGGAAACAUCAUGCGCUCUAAAACGAGCAAUGAAUGGAGUUCAAUUAUGGAAAGUGAAAUAUGGGACUUGCCGGAAGAAGAAGACAGAAUCAUGUCAAUCUUAAAGUUGAGUUUUGAUGAAUUGAAAUUUUCAUCAUUGAAACAAUGUUUUGCAUAUUGCUCGAAAUUCAUCAAAGACUCUGUAAUGGAAAAGGAUGACUUGGUCCAACUUUGGAUGGCUCAAGGAUGGCUUCACCCCACCAAAAGUAAUAUUGAGAUGGAGGAUAGAGGGAACGAAUAUUUCAACAUUUUAUCAGAAAAAUCCCUUUUUGAAGACGUUGAAGAGGAUUUUGAUGGUUAUACAACAUGCAAGAUGCACGAUCUUGUGCAUGACCUUGCAGAACGAGUGUCAAACAUGACAAACUGCCGCUCACUAUUUUCCAAGGGAGAAGCACUUGGGAACACCUUGCCUAACUUUAGAUCUUUGCGUGUGUUAAAUUUAUACAAGGCAGACAUUGACAAGUUGCCGAGUUCAAUUGGAAAGUUGACACACUUGAGGUAUCUGAAUGUUAUGAAAACAAAUGUGAAAGCAUUUCCAAAAUCUAUUGGCCAACUUUAUUACCUUGAGACGUUUAAAAUGCCUUAUCAUGUUGAAGAGUUCCCAAAGAUGAUUGCUGAUAUGAUCAACUUGAGACAUGUUUAUUUUGGUAAAUAUGCGAAAGUUCCGGUUGGGGUAUUGGGAGGAUUGACUAAUCUCAGAUCAUUACCCGUUCUGAAGGUGGGUAAGGAGACUGGACCUAGAAUUGAGGAACUGGGUGGGUUAAGCCAUUUGAGAGGCACCUUAUCUAUCUAUAAUCUGGAGCAUGUAAGAGACGGAGAAGAAGCAGUGAAUGCAAAGUUAGUUGAUAAGAAACAUAUACGCAAGUUAACUCUCUCCUGGAAGCUUAGUAGACCAAGCAACAAUGUUGACAAUGAGGAUGAUGUACUUGAAGGUCUGCGACCACAUUGUAAUUUGGAAAUUUUGAAGAUUCAGGGGUUUAUGGGUGUUAAGUUUCCAUCAUGGUUUUUGGAUGCCAGCAACUUGAGAAAACUUGAAUUAGCAGGGUGCAACAAAUGCGAAGGAGUCCCAAUACUGGGCCAUCUGCCAAAUCUCAUACAUGUUAAGAUGAGGAACAUGCAGAACUUAAGGUGCUUGGGGUCUGAGUUCUAUGGUUACGAUCAGAUUUCAGGUGCAACAACAAGUGACGGGAGAAAGACUUUGUUUCCUGCUUUGAGAUCAUUACAUAUUGAGAAUGCCGAGAAUCUAAUAGAUUGGAUGGAAGCAGGGGAAGUGAUGCUGACGGCAGGAAAAUUAAGGGUGUUUCCUCACCUUGAGGAGCUGACCCUGGAGCGGUGUAAGCAAUUGAGAAGUGCUCCCAGUCAUUUUCCAUCUCUCAAGAAGUUGGAGAUAAGAGGAGUGGAAAGUGGUAUGCCUAUAGCCAGUAUUUUAAGCAAUAAACUGACUACUCUCACUGAUCUUGAAGUUGUUGAUGUCGAGGGACUUACUUGUCUUCCGGAAGGGACUUUAAGAAACAACAAGAGUCUUAAAUGUUUGACUAUUUGGAGCUGUCCUAAGUUGAGGUAUUUAUCUGAUGGGCUACUCCCACUCUCUCUCAAGGAGUUGGACAUAAGCGAUUGCUCCAGUCUAGAGUCCAUUCCAAUCAUCCCAGAGCAAGGCGGUCUCCCAUCUCUGCGCCAAUUGCAAAUAUUCAGGUGUCCUCAGUUAUCCAGUUUACCUGAGGGGCUACAAUACUGCACAUCUCUUCAAGAAUUGUUUAUAUCCGAGUGUUCUCAGUUAUCCAGUUUACCUGAUGGGCUACAAUACUGCACCUCUCUUGUUGAUUUGUACGUAAGAGAGUGCCCUAGGGUAACAUCCAUUCCAAUUGACAGUCUCAGUACAACCCUCCGAAGCUUGUGUGUAAAGAAUCCAGAGUCUCUUCCAAUUUUACACGGCGGCUUCACAUCCCUCCGUCUAUUGGUAAUCGACGGCUGUCAAAGUACACAAAUUGAUCUGCAAUUUUGUCAAAUCCUCGUCUCUCUUGAGGAGUUGAUAAUAAGUGAUUGUCCUAAUCUAGAGACUGUUCCAAGUUUAGACAAGCUCACAUCCCUCCGUGAGUUGACGAUUAGAGAUUGUUCCCGAUUGACAUGUCUACCCAGUGGGUUAGCAAUGGCAUCCCCACACGUAUUCACCCGUCUCAAGGGAUUGGAAAUUGGUCGGUUUUGGAAUGAGCUGGAUUCAUUUCCGGCUCUUCAGGUUCUACCACAACUUAAAUCAUUAGAUUUGUACGGGUGGCCGAAGCUCAAGUCUCUGCCUGAACAAAUUCAACACUUGACGUCUUUGACCCAUUUGUGGAUACGAUCCUUUGAGGGAGUGGAGGCGAUUCCAGAAUGGUUGGGAAACCUUGCAUCUCUUCAGUACUUAUGUAUUUUCGAUUGCAAGAAUCUGAUGUAUCUACCUUCCGUCCAAGCUAUGCAACGCCUCACCAAAUUAGAUUCGCUACGUAUCAUCGACUGUCCCCUUUUGAGCGAAAGAUGCACCGCGGAGAGCGGCCCAGAGUGGCCUAAGAUUUCUCAUAUUCCACAAAUUCAUGUUGAGGGACAGUUUAUUACAUAAACCGUUGAAGCUAUGCGAUACAUCAAUCAAGAAUAGGAGGUGCCUACGGGAAUAUCUCAAUUAGGAUUUGCUUCGAGUUUCACAUCAACUUACUUACUGUGUUCGGUGUGCUAUAUUUACAGGAGUAUCUACA